UCCGGCCUGUUUGUUUCCGCAGGCUGGCGGCCGCCCGCUCACUCAGUCACUCACGGUCGGAUGCUCUUGUCCGGGCUGCUCGCAGUGAGCCGAAGCGAUGGGCGCCCUGAGCGGAGUUGUGUUGCUGUGGAUCGGCGGCUGGCUGCUCGCCUGCUUUGCCGCCCCGGGAAGGCCGCCCGUCGUACUUAUUCCAGGUGACCUGGGUAACCAGCUGGAGGCCAAGCUCGACAAGCCCACCGUGGUCCACUACAUGUGCUCCAAGAAGACGGCCGACUACUUCACCCUGUGGCUGAACCUCGAGCUGCUCAUCCCGCUGGUCAUCGACUGCUGGGUGGACAACAUCCGGCUGGUAUACAACCAAAGCACAAGGUCAACGGAGUCCCCUCCCGGUGUGUACAUCAGGGUCCCGGGAUUUGGCACCACCUACCCCAUUGAGUACCUCGACCCCAGUAAUGUCAGAGUGGGCAUCUACUUCUACACGCUGGUGCAGGCGAUGGUGGACUGGGGCUACCAGCGAGACCACGACGUGCGAGGUGCCCCCUAUGACUGGCGCAAAGCUCCUAACGAGAACAAGGACUACUUUGUGGCGCUGAAGAAGAUGAUCGAGGAGAUGGCGGAGAGCUUCGGUGGUCCGGUGGUCCUCAUCGCACACAGCAUGGGCAACGUCUACACGCUGUACUUCUUGAACCAGCAGCCGCAGGAAUGGAAGGAUCGCUACAUCCUGAGCUUUGUGGCUCUCGGCCCGCCCUGGGGUGGCGUGGCCAAGACCCUGCACGUGCUGGCGACAGGUGACAACAAUCAGAUCCCGGUGAUCAGCAGCCUGAAGAUUCGCACCCAGCAGCGGACCGCCGUGUCCACCAGCUGGCUCCUGCCCUAUAACAACACGUGGAGCGCCGACACGGUCUUCGUGAGGACCCCCGCCGCCAACUACACCAUCCGCGACUAUGAGCGCUUUUACAAGGACAUCGGCUUCCCGGACGGCUGGCUCAUGAGGCAGGACACGGAGCCGCUCGUCUACGAGCUGUUGGCGCCACGCGUGCCCGUGCACUGUCUGUACGGCACAGGGGUCGAGACGCCCGAGUCCUUCGUCUACACGGACUUUCCCGACAAAGACCCCAAGGUGGUGAUGGGCGACGGGGACGGCACGGUCAACCUGGCGAGUGCCCUGAACUGUGGCCGAUGGCAGCGGCAGCAGGCCCAGCCCGUCUCCAUGUUUGAGCUGAGGGGCAACGAGCACAUCGCCAUGCUGUCCAACGUGACCACCAUCGACUACAUCAAGCGGGUCCUGCUCGCCCCCUAACGUCGCCGGGUCUGGGACUCGACUGCGCACAUCGGCCCACCGACUUGGCGCCACCCGGUGGGUUCAAGGACUGAUGGGAGACACGGCGCCCCCGUGCCACUCGGACUUUCAGUGCCAAGCCCUUGGCAGACAGGGGGGGUCCCUUGUGCCUGGCAGCGGGGCAGGUGCUUUGUAUUUAUUGAAGAAGGCCUCUCUGCUCGACGGCGCGUAUGGCGCCUUUCACAAGUGGCUGUCGUGAAGCUACCUCGCCCGCCCACCUGCCCCUUUUCUACUUCUCUGCCCAGUUUUUAGAAAAUGGCUGAAAAUAAAAGAAAAACAAUUUAAAAGGUUUGCA